AUGAUGAUGCUUCUUUUAGCAAUUGAUUCACCGGCAUCUAAUGGACAACGAGGAGUUUGGUAUUCUCAUUUUGAUGGACAAUAUAUCUGCCGACAGAUAAUUCAAUAUCCUUCAUCUGAUCCAAUUCUCUUGAUAGCAGGUAAAGAUGAUGUACAUAUGUGUGAUAGACCGUUAGAUCAAACAGAUUUAACACGUCGAAAAGGUGCUGAAAUACCUCCAGGCGAAUUUGAGAAUGUAUGGGCACACUUUGGUGGAAAGCCGUUACCCAAAUGGACGCCGUAG